GAACUAGCGAUAGGUGAACUUCAAUCUAAUAGCAAAAAUAAACAAAUCUAACCUGCGCUGAUUUUGUUGUAUUCAAUCAGCAACUAAUCCAUUCGCAGUCAUAAGAAACAUUAAAAUUAAAGUUGGUUAUGGAGAGAGAUCGAGAAAAAGAAAUGUGCAUGCACUGGUAUGGAUAAAUAAAUACCUUCUAUUUUGUUUUUCAUACUUGUUGAUAAAAAACUAACUAAAAAUUGGAUGAAUGGUGAGACGAAAUGAUCUUCCUCCUUCCGGGUAUAGAUGGAAUGCAAGGAAUUGGAGAGGAACAUGGAUGGCAUAUAUGGUCUUCUUGGAAUGUUGCUUGGAGAUGCGGGAGAAGAUACGAGUGCAACAUUAUUAUCGCUAAGCACUUCGGUGGAAAACUGUUCUGCAAUGAGACAGUCGGGAUGUCUUCCUCUUCUGAUUCAAUUGAUACAUACACCGGAGCAGAGUCCCAAGGUGCGAAGAGGCGCUUCCAGAGCACUCUACAACAUCGUUAGAGCUACCCAGCAUCAAGACGAGGAUAAUCAGGAGGUACGGAUUCUAGAAUUAAUUCAGCAAUUGAGGGAGUACAGUAGAUUGUUGAAAAAUGAGGAAGAAGAAGAAGAAGAAGAAGAAGAAGAAGAAGAAGAAGAAGAAGAAGAAGCAACAGCGGAGGAGGAAUCAUCAUUAUCAUCGUUGAGGCAUCCAAUCCCAGCAAUGUCCUUCCUCUUCAAACUAUCCUUCAUUGAGACACAUCGCAACAGCAUAAGCCUUUUGGGUGGUCUUCAUGCUAUAGCAGAGGUCAUAGAAGUGGAUCAUAACAUUCAUGGUUCAUCGACCGAUGACCCCAAUUGCCUAGCCCUUCGUCGUUACGCAGGAAUGAUUUUGACUGUUUUAACUUCCAACGAUAGCAAGAACAACAGUUUUCUCUGUUCUUGCAGUGGCUUCGUGAAGGCUUGGGUGGAGCAGUUGAAGAGUCCCAAUGAAGAUCUUCAUCACGUAACAGCAAGUGUCUUCAGAAAUUUGUCGUGGCGAGCUGAUUCAAAUUCCAAGCGAGUUUUGCGAGAAAUGGGUUCGGUGUCGCAGUUGACACGAGUUGCGAUGCAAACUCGAAGAGAAUCAACAUUGAAAUCAGUCCUCUCUGCUCUUUGGAAUUUGUCAGCGCAUUGCGCCAGCAAUAAAGUAGACAUAUGUGCAGUAGAUGGAGCCCUCGAGUUUCUCAUUGACAUGCUACUGUUUAAGGGGCCAUCGAAAAGGCUGGCUGUCAUGGAGAAUGCCAGUGGCAUAAUCAGGAAUGUCUCCAGCCACGUGGCAAUUGAGGAGAAAUAUCGGCAAAUAUUGAGAAAUAAAAAUGGCCUUCACAUUUUAGUAAAACUUCUGACCUCGCCAAGUCUCAUUAUCGUGAAUAAUGCUUGUGGCACACUUUGGAAUUUAUCAGCUCGUUGUACGAAAGAUCAGAAAAGCCUGUGGACACUGGGAGCAGUGCCAAUACUCCAAAAUCUUGUAAAAUCAAAGCACAAAAUGAUUGCAACAGGUGCAUCUCAUGCUUUGAAAAACCUUUUAACAGCCAAAGAUGGACAUAAUGCUUUCCAAUUGUCUUCCUCACUUAAUGCCAAUUCCUGUCUGAAGAAAAGUGAUGCGGGCUUGAAGCUGCAGGAGUUACAUACACCAAUCGCCGGAACAACCGUUGAGAGUAAGGAAACAUUGAAAUCUGAGAUUAAUCCACCCUUAUCGGAUAAAUCGACCUGGAGUCAACGUUUCUCGAGACCCCCAUCAAGUCCCUUGGAGGAUGGAGAGCCCAUGGGGAUCAUCAAAUCGACCAGCUCUCUCGACGAAUCUGGAAAUGAGCCUCAAAAUAACGCAACUGACAAACUUGAUUACUCCAGGAGCUCUUACUCGGAUAAAAAAAAAGGAUCGCCCGUUACUUCUCCCUAUUUUGAGGCUGGCUGUCAGACCAGUGUAGCUGUUUAUGAAGCUGCUGAUGGAGAUCUGCCAGUGGAUUACAGUAAAAAAUAUCUUGAGAACGAUGCGUCUAGAAAGCAAAGAUCCGGCAUGAAAAACAAGCCGACAAGGGACAAAGAAUUUUCCGAAAGAAAUGAGAAUUUAUUCGGGGAUUAUGCAGAAACCGAUUUGGAUCAACCAACUGAUUACAGUCUGCGGUACGCUGAGGACGAUACAGACGAUGAUGAAAAUGAAGAGAGGCAGUAUUUUAAUGCAGGAACAGAGCAGGAGGACACAAUAAAAACUUAUUAUACUGAAGGAACCCCUUACGAAACCCCAUUCAAUUUUUCCACUGCCACUUCUAUGUCAGACUUGCGUCUAGAGGAGCCCAAAGACGGGGACACAUCGAGAAAGAAUUUGAAAAAUAUUCACGGAACUAUUCAAGAGUUCAACGAAUCUACCAGUCACGUGGAUGCAGAGGAGGCCCCCCAAAAAAUACCUGAUUUGGCCAAAAACGAUUCCGACAUUGUGAUAUUAGAUACGAGUAGUGUACAGUCCCCCGAGGUCACUUAUUACUAUGACAAUCAGGUAUCUGGUGGUAUUUCCAGAGCGAAUUCGCUGAAUUCCUUGGAUAGUGGAAUGCUAACAAAAAAUCUUUUAUUGCCCACUGACUCGGGAGUAGCCCAUCCUAUUAAGGGCGAUAAAUUGGAUAUCAAAGAAAAACCUGAUAACCAGCAAGUCGAGAAUCAGCCAGAAAAAUCUAUGGAUAAAGAAUCUAAAGUUGUUACAUUUAGUAGCGAGAAUUAUUAUGCCGAGGAAACGCCACUCAUGUUCUCCAGAUGUAGUUCCCUCGGAUCGCUCAGUGGAUUUGAACAACACUCGAUUCACGAUGAUAGAAGUUCUAUAAUUAGUGAUUUCAGUAGAUUAACCAGUGGUGCAGUGUCGCCCAGUGAGCUUCCAGAUUCGCCUACUCAGACCAUUCCACCGAGUCCUAGGAACAAUAUCCAUAAUAGAAGUAAUAAUAAUAAUAAUAACAAUAAUAAUAGUAAUAAUAAUCAUAAAAAUAACAUUAGUAAUAAUAUUAGUAAUAUUAAUGGCAUUAGGAAUGAUAAUAAUAAUAAGAAUAAUAAUAAUAAUAAUAGUAAUAAUAAGAGAGUGGAUAGUAAUACUGAUGCGAAUAAUAGUAGUAAUCGUCAUCAGACUAAUAAAAAUUCGUCGGAGGAACGUCCUUUGCGAUUGCCCUUGUUGCCAAAAUGCUCGUAUGAAAGAGUGCAAAAUAGUGUAUUCGAGGAUAAUACGUCAGCCUUUAAAGAGGAAUCCACACCAAUUGAAUUCUCAGCCGCAACAAGUCUGAGUUCAUUGACAAUCGACGACGAGCUUAAGCUUCCAGAAGUAGUGAAUCGUACAUUGAUUUUCUCCAACGAGCGAAUUAAUACUUCAUUAUCCCAGGAACAAGUAGAAUCCGUUAAAGUUUCUAGAGGCCGUCCGACAGUUAUUAACGAAAAAGAUCAUGAACAAGUGAGCGACUGUGACGGUGAGGAUGACGAGGAUAUUCUGGCUGCUUGCAUUAGCAUGGGAAUGCAGAAUAAUAGAUACAGAGAGGAUUUUAAACAACAAGAUGGGCCGAAAACCUAUCCAACGUCCAUGACGAAUUUAAUUCGUUAUCAGACUAGUUCGACAUUGGACAGGCUUGAUUCGGCGAUUUGUCAUGGGAGAGGUGCUGCUGGCACGAUGAAAACAAAAUUAAAUAUUGAUAUGCCAAUUGUUGCCUCAGAUACAGUUCAUGUUUAUUGUACAGAAGACACACCCGCUGAUAUAUCGCCAGUAGGAUCACAGUCGAAUCUUUCGGCUCUGUCAAUGCCGAGCAUUUUGGAGGACUCGGAGAAGCCCGAAGGCCUACAAGAUACUGUCAAUGACUUGUCGGAUGUCAGUUCGAACUCGUCUGGUGAUGAUGAAAAAAUUCUGGACGAGUGCAUACAGUCGGGAAUGUCAAAACCCAUGAGCCCGAGUUUGACAAUCAGUGGGCAGAAGUGCGAAGGCUUCUUAUCAUCGUCGCUGCACGAGAGCUGUCAACCGCAUCAACGGAUGAUCAUUGGUCAGGAUCAAGAGUCAAAUAAUUCGUCUGAUGAGAGCCCCAAUCAGUCGGAUGACGACGCCAUUCUCGCUGAGUGCAUUGAAUCCGCCAUGCCUAAAGCUAAGUUGAAUAUUGCCAGUGCCAAACCCUCGACAUCGAGACACUCGGAGAAAAUUAAAAAGAGUUUUGAUGCUCCAAGGAACAAUGGAAUUCAUGAGGAAUUGAAAUCACCACAGUCAGAAGCGAGCUCGAGCCUUUCUGAGGAAGAGGAAGAUAUGAUUUUGGCCCAGUGUAUUAGGUCGGGAAUGCCUAAGGCCCCACCCAUCUCGAUCAAAAAUUACUCUCCCAUCACAUCGACCGAUUCUAGACGUAUGUACAAUGUAACCUUAUCACCAAGCUAUUCUCCAGGACACAUAACUCGCAGUAAAGAUCUUAUUCCACAAGGUGCUAGAGACGAAAUAUCUGACUUUAUUACUGAAGACACUCCUUGUAACUUUUCGGUUCUUUCAGGGAUUAGCAGUUUAUCUAUCAAUUCUAUGCUCGAUUGAAAUUAUUAAUUACUAUAUUGAAAAUAAAGUUGUUUAUUAAAAAAAAAAAAGAGAGGUUGGAUUUUUUCAAUGCUGGACCAAGCAUUAGGACCAAUACGCCACUAGUUAAUGUAGAAUCUGUAAAAACCGAAAGAUGCACUGAGGCAAUUAGGAUAAAAUGAAUUUUCUAGUUUUUUUCAUUAUUUUAUUAAAAAUUAUUACUCUCAUAUUCGAAGUAUGGCAGAUAGGGGACGAAAAAAGAUGUAAACUAUAAUAGAUAUACUAUUUAAAAUAAAUAGUGAUUUAAUUUCAUCAAAAUAUUGGUUCAUCUAUCAUGUCGUUGACUUUUGACAAUUCACCGUAUUAAAAAUACGUACCUAAUAAAUGUUUACGGAAAACCAA